UUCGAAAUUCAAGGUUCCGUUCGGGCCUAUGUAGAUAAGGUUUAAAAAUCCCAAUAAUUUGAGAAUCAAAUUAUACUGCUGAUAUAUAUGUGUGUAAUGGAAAAGAAUAAUGAGAUCAAGUUGAGAGAAGCAUGUCUAUGUUAGCCCCAAAUCUCCAAAUCCCAUACAGAAAUUUCCUCCACAAAAAACAGCAAUUGUGGGGAUGCUUGAGUUCGAACAAGUCACAUGGUAUUGGGGAUAAGGAAAGAGGUAAAUGGAAGAAAGUAAAAAACAUGGAAUUGAGAAUUGGUGAUUCUUGGUCUGAUAUGUCUUCCAUGGAGAUGCAACCCAUCGAGGACUGUGAGCAGCUUGACCAGAUUUUAGCUCAGGCUAAACAUCUCUCUCAGCCCAUCAUCAUUGAUUGGAUGGCUGCUUGGUGUCGAAAAUGCAUAUACUUGAAGCCAAAACUGGAAAAAAUGGCUGCGGAAUAUGAUUCAAAGUGAAGUUACCAGUGUAUAUACACUACUACUUUUUUCCCUUAUUUGUUUAGCUUUGUACUCUCACUCGCUUUCGCUCUCGGUCUUUUUUGUGGUGCAUAGAAUCAAGUUCUACUGCGUGGAUGUAAACCGGGUGCCCAAGGCUUUAGUCAGCCGUGGAAACAUCUCUGAGUACAGGACGAAUAGACUAGCUAGUUUUAAUGACUAAUUUCUGCACUGACAACUUACUUCUCUUUUCCCAGAAAAUGCCAACUAUUCAGCUAUGGAAAGAUGGAGAAAUGAGAG